GGGGCAAGCUCGAGGUAGACGGCCGUCCUCUCUCGAAUACUCCGCGCUCGUCGGGACCCUUCGCGGAGAUCGCGUGGCGUAGACGUACGCACCAAACAGACGGGACCGUCACGGCCCGGGAUUCUUCCCCCACCCGGCCCGUCACCAACCGGCAUAAAUACCCACCGCUCCCAGGAACGGAACCAACAAAUCCCCACCCAAUCUCGUCUCCGAUCGACCCGAGGCUCGUCGAACCCUUCUUCCCCACCGCCUCAAGAUGCAGAUCUUCGUGAAGACACUCACGGGCAAGACCAUCACCCUUGAGGUGGAGUCGUCUGACACCAUCGACAACGUGAAGGCCAAGAUCCAGGACAAGGAGGGCAUUCCCCCGGACCAGCAGCGCCUUAUCUUCGCUGGCAAGCAGCUGGAGGACGGUCGCACCCUUGCCGACUACAACAUCCAGAAGGAAUCCACCCUCCACCUGGUGCUCCGCCUGCGUGGUGGCAUGCAGAUCUUCGUGAAGACCCUCACCGGCAAGACCAUCACUCUGGAGGUUGAGAGCUCCGACACCAUUGACAACGUCAAGGCUAAGAUCCAGGACAAGGAGGGCAUUCCCCCGGACCAGCAGCGCCUUAUCUUCGCAGGCAAGCAGCUGGAGGAUGGUCGCACCCUUGCCGACUACAACAUCCAGAAGGAGUCCACCCUUCACCUGGUGCUCCGCCUCCGUGGUGGUAUGCAGAUUUUCGUGAAGACCCUCACCGGCAAGACUAUCACCCUUGAGGUUGAGAGCUCUGACACCAUCGACAACGUCAAGACCAAGAUCCAGGACAAGGAGGGCAUUCCCCCGGACCAGCAGCGCCUCAUCUUCGCCGGCAAGCAGCUGGAGGAUGGCCGCACCCUUGCGGACUACAACAUCCAGAAGGAGUCCACCCUCCACCUGGUGCUCCGCCUCCGCGGGGGAAUGCAGAUCUUUGUGAAGACACUCACGGGCAAGACCAUCACCCUUGAGGUGGAGUCAUCUGACACCAUCGACAACGUGAAGGCUAAGAUCCAGGACAAGGAGGGCAUUCCCCCGGACCAGCAGCGCCUUAUCUUCGCAGGCAAGCAGCUAGAGGAUGGUCGCACCCUUUCCGACUACAACAUCCAGAAGGAGUCCACCCUUCACCUGGUGCUCCGCCUCCGUGGUGGUAUGCAGAUUUUCGUGAAGACCCUCACCGGCAAGACUAUCACCCUUGAGGUUGAGAGCUCUGACACCAUCGACAACGUCAAGGCCAAGAUCCAGGACAAGGAGCGCAUUCCUUCGGACCAGCAGCGCCUCAUCUUCGCUGGCAAGCAGCUGGAGGAUGGCCGCACCCUUGCGGACUACAACAUCCAGAAGGAGUCCACCCUCCACCUGGUGCUCCGCCUCCGCGGUGGUCAGUAAUUGCCCUGGCGUUGGACCUGCUGGUUUAUCCUUGGUCAUCCGGUUGGUGGUACCCUAUCGUUCAUUUGAACUGUUUUCUUGUUCGUGUCAGUCCUAUGUGUUGGUUUGAAAACUAUCGAGUCCCCAUGUUAUAUGUUGGUUGAAAAUGUUGCUGGCACAGCAGUAUCGUCAAGUAAUGAAUAAGUGAAUUUCAGAUAAA